AUGGAGUCCUCAGCAGUGGAGAUGGAGUUUGCCCAUCACCUGGAAACCUUGCUUAAGCUGCGGGAGUGCCUGCACAGGGAGACAGAGUCCCACAAACUCUACAAAACCCUGAAGAAACUCUCUUCUCAGCCCAUCCUAUGUGACACCCUGGAGAAGAUUGGCUUCAGGCAAACCAUCAAGCGCUUGAGGGAAGAGCAGCUCCUGGGCCCGUUUGCUAAGGAAUUUGCCACCCUGUGGUCAAGAAGGUCCCAGUUUGGGCACCAGUCUGAGUCAGACAUACAGAACUUUGCCAUUCAGGCGAGCCUCAUGACAGAGUCGUCAAAAAACUCUCCAGAAGAAAAGCCCCAUGAGCCCAGGUCUACGGAAGACAGAGAAAAUGGGAGAAAGGUCUUGGAGGCUUGCAGUAACAAAACUCGCAGCCCAAGGCUGGAGCUAAGAGGAAGCAAAAGGCACAGCACAUCUUGUGGGGACCCCAGGCUAACUGCACAGAGCCAGGAGAAUGUAGCAAAGUGCUCCCGCGGACAUGUAGAGGAGCCCGGGCAGCUCCAAGAAGACAAGCUCCUCUCCAGCAAGUCAGAUGCUGGACCAGCAAAGCAGUACCUUUCUCCUCUGCAGAGAAAGAGCCCAGGACAUUGUAUUCUGCAAGACCACCCUACUGAGCCUUCUGAGGCUUGCUCCAACUAUGACAGCUCUGCUUCCUCUGCUCUGCCCCUGCCACAGCCUACAAGCAAGAGGAAGAAGAAAUGUACCUGGACAGUUGAAGCCCAGAGCCCUGUAGCAAAGGCGCCUCUUGGCAAGUCUUGCAGCAGCAAGGAGCUAAAUUGCCUUGAUGUGAGUCCCCUUUUAGAAGUGGCCUCCAGUUGCCAAGAUGACUCCCUCCUGGAUGGCCCGGAGCAAUAUUCUUUGCACACUGAUCAAGAAGAACCAAAUUGGACAAGCAGGGUCAACUUCAGAACGCCAGUCUAUUCGGGUCGCGCACCUUCCAGGCUCCUGAAGAAUUCCAAGGAAGGGCAACAUGCCGUGCCCUCUUGCCCCUUGGAAACUCAGUGCCAACCAGCUGGAAACAAAGCUGAGCCCUGGAAGCAAGUAGAGAAAUCCCUGCCCCGGACUCGUAUUGCCAAGGCAAAUCCCACCCAGACUGAGACCCAGACACACCUCCAGCUGGAAAAGUCCCAAGAGCUCAGGUUGCAAGCCCUUAAAGCCCGCAUCCAAAGCACACAAGCCAAUAAGUCACAAAGCCGUCAAACCAAUUUACUCACCUUCGACUCCAAUAAUACCAGCUCAAGACAGCAGACAUACUCUGGACCAGGAGGGGAGUCCUCCUCUGACAAGAACAGUCUUUCUGAAGACUUGGCCCCUAGUCACUUGCAGAGAGCUCCCUGCCUGCCUGCAGGAGGCAGCACCAAGACCCAGGCAAAGAAAAGGACCCCUCUCUUGGCCAAGGCCCUCAGGGAUUACAAGAGGAUUUCCCGCAGGUGA